CUUGUUUUUUCAGGUAACAUUAUUGGAUCUGGAAUAUUCAUAACGCCGACAUCAAUACUCAAAUACACACAAUCCGUGGGACUAUCGAUUAUUGUCUGGAUAGGAUGUGGACUAAUAUCACUAAUAGGCGCCAUUUGCUUCAUCGAACUUGGAACUUCUAUCAAAGAACCUGGUUGUGACUUCGCGUACACAGUUUUCAUAGGAUGGGACGCUAUUGCAUUUUCUUUUAUGUGGGUAUCAGUAUUUAUAACAUUUCCUGCAUCAGCUGCAGUGCAGGCACAAACGUUUGGGCAGUACAUUCUUAACGGCAUUGCACCGUUGUUACCAAUUGACUUAGCGUGGCAUGAAUUCGGUCAACGAAGUAUAGGAUAUGCACUUCUUGUCGUUUUAACGAUAUUGAACUUUUACUCUGUGGAUCGAUUUGCUGCUCCUUUUCAAGUACUUGUGACCAGUGCUAAAAUGUUGGCUAUGGCUGCGAUAAUGUUUACAGGAUUCUACUACUUUGUCUUUGAAAACUGGACACAUAAUCUGGAACACCCUAUGGAGGGCAGUGUUUGGGCUCCAGGCAAGCUGGCAUUGGCGUUCUAUGGAGGGUUGUGGAGUUACGCUGGAUGGGAUAUAUUGAACUACGGAACACCAGAAAUUCACAAGCCUACACGAACGAUGCCACUAUCGUUAAUAUCUGGUAUUCUGAUCGUCUGUUUUACUUACGUUGCUAUUAACCUUUCAUAUUUUGUGGCUCUGUCUCCAGACGAGGUCAAGAAUAGUACUGCCGUUGCUUCAGACUUUGCUCAAAAAACGUUGAGCAACUUCUCUUAUGCUAUUCCUUUCAUGGUUGGUUUACUCCUAAUCGGCACGCUUAACAGUAAUAUCUUCUGUGGAUCAAGGUUUAUGUACGCCGCAGCUCGCGAAGGCCAUUUGCCGACAUUUUUGAGCUGUGUGAGCGAUAAAUCGAACAGCCCACGAGCUGCCGUUCUUGGACAGAUGAUAUGUGCGUUCGUUGUGUCUUUCAUCGAUAUUGAGACUCUGAUAAACUACGUCACAUUUGUAAUGUGGGCACAGAAGGCAGUUACUGUAGCGGCGUUACUGUACAUACGCCACAGUAAGCUGCCUGUCGCAGAAGGUUAG